ACAUCACCGGCCAUUGUUUUGUUGCUCAUUGCCCACUGCGGAUCGUGGAGCUGGGCAAACCGCUUGGGGCCCUUCAAGGUCUGUCCCUCCUGCAGGGAUCCACUGGGGGCAGGUCGGCCCCCCAGGGACCAUAAUGUUGCCGGCAGCACAUCAGUGUUGGCCCAGGGAGAGCCCUGUGGUGUGUACACACUGAGCUGUGCCAAGGGGCUCCGCUGUGUUCCCCCACCACGGGAGCACAGCCCCCUCCAGGCUCUGUUGCAGGGACGGGGUAUUUGCGCCAAGCACAGCAGGACUAGUCCCACUGAGAAGCCCCCCCCCACAGGUCCACAUCCCUCACACAGCGGUGACAUUGAAAAA